AUUGCGGAAUUACAGGUGAACAGCCAUCCAAGUGGAGAGGCACAGAAUACUUCCGGUCCUAGCUCUGUCUCCAACUCACUGUGUAACUGUGGACAGUUUCGGCCUCAGUUUCCCCAUCACUAAGAUGGGAGAUUGGCUGUCAACUCUGCCAGCUUCCUGCCUGGAGUGCAGCCCUGACACCCUGCCUGCAAGACACACGUUAGCAACGACGGUUCUCUCUACGCCAAACUCAUUUGUCUGAGCAUAUCAGCAACACGACACCUCGCAGUUCAGUGGAUUUGAUGUGAGCUCCGGCCCCUGGCAUAUCUAGCAUGUAAUACCUGCAAGCUGAAAAGGAGCAUUUGAAGGCAAACUGCAUGGCAGGAGGAAGCCUGUAGGUGGCGCUGUGGCUCCGGUUGCCGAGCUGCUCUCGGGAGAUCCAUUUUCAGAGGAUCUGGGAAAACCGGGCAGGGUUGAUGGCAGCUCUUUCUUCUCGGUGCCCUCGCAGUGCAGCAGGCCCCACUUAUUUGCAAGAAGUAGCCAGGUCAGCCCACUGGGCCUUCCCACCCCUUGUGCCCCUUCGCAUGUUUCAGAGCUCUGUCUUUUCCUCUGGGUCCUUCCAUUCAGGAGAGGAGGAGGAGGAGGUGAGCCUGUUGAGAAUGGCGUUGGUGGGGCAGGGGCCGGUCCCCCUGUUUCUGGAGGCUUUCUGUGCUGGUUGCAGGCAGGGGCCCUCAGUGUGGAGCUGCGGUGAGCCUGUACCCCGUCGUAUUUGGAUCACAGCCCCCGUGACCCCCAGCGCCCGCCAGGCACUCCACACCUGCAGUGAUUCGCUUGGUAUUUUAAAAGCACUCCAUCUUCUGCCUGCUGCCUUCUCUCCAUUUAUCUGGGUCCGGAUUUUCGCCGAGCCAUCUAAUAAAGAAUCCAGGCGGGAGAAUGAUGGGGGCGAGGAGAGGGAAAGUGCUAACAUUUAUUAAGUGCCCGCUGGGUGCCCAGCAUUUCCUCAACAACUAGAGCAGCGGUCUUUCUGCUUUCUUUCAGCUGCAUAACGCUUUCCUCCAUCCAAAAUCGCAGGCCUAACCUGGCCGUGUAAAACAAAUACCAGGGAAGCACCUCUGAUGGAAGGGGAUGGGGCACCUAAGGCCCCGUCCCUCACCAUUUCUCAUCCUCCCCACUUCUAACAGACACUUUGGUACUUCCGUGAAACCCGGAUCUAAAAGCUCUGAGCUCAUUAAAUCUAUAUAUAACUAUCCAAGGAAAUAGUAUCCCCAUUUUUCUAAUAUAAAGCUAAAGGCCAAACAGGGAGAGUGUAGGACCAUACAAUUUUUGUUUGUUUAUGUU